CCGUUCCAUGUAUUCAGACAGUCCAGAGAGAAAAAAGGUCGUUCCUGUCUUUCUGGCUGUUAUUCAGCCGCGCAGCUCAACGGAAUCGCGGUUUUCGUAAAAUCGACUGAGUUGGUCAUAACAGUAGGUUUAUGUUAAUUGAAAAAUUAUUAAUUACUUUAUACACAAGAAAAGCACCACGACGCGAUUUCCCCGGACUUCAAGAUACUUCAUAGAUUCCAAGAGGGCAAUGAAAACAGAUUUUUCGAAAAUUGUACAGACCUAGAACUCUCUUCGACUUUGCGCUUGGAACAGAGGCCAGCCAUAAAGCAGAUUUCCUCAUCUGUGAAGGAUCAGAAGAACAUAAAUAAAAUUGUCCUAGGCAACUCCUCACAGCAAGAUAAAGACACUCAGACAAAUAUCCACUACUCCAGAAUUGUGGAAGGUGUGUGGAGACCAACAUGUCUUCGAAGAUGCAGAGUUCCAAUAACAUAGCCCAUGCCAGGAGGACAGUCCAGCAGCUGAGAAUAGAGGCCAGCAUUGAGAGGAUUAAGGUGUCCAAGGCCUCAGCAGACCUGAUGCACUACUGUGGAGAACACGCUAAAUAUGACCCUCUACUCAUGGGCAUCCCAGCCUCUGAAAACCCCUUCAAAGACAAGAAGCCGUGCACUAUAUUAUAGUUGCAGGACAGCUGAAAUGUCUUUGCUUUUUUAUUUGUUUAUUCUUUUAUAGAGAGAAAUAUGACGUUAAUACCGGUACACUAUUUGCCUUAAGGCCAGCCCAGCCCCACUCCCCAUGUUUCCUUGUGCUUUAGGUUGAUUCCCAAAUGUUAGGGCUCUGGUGAAAAAUAGUGCACUAUAUAGGGAAUAGGGUUCCAUUUUUGGACUUUUGUAAACAUGUGCCAUUUUGGUAGGAUCAGAAUCAUUGGUCUGCUCUCUCUUCAUCAGAUACAACUAAGACCAAAGAGCACCAUUAGGCAAAAUGCAACAAGUCUUUGGUGACCCAGAAACAAUGCUUUAGUUUAGUUUAAUCAGUCAUGAAUGAAUGAAAGCUCAUUCUGAGGCUCCUCUCAACAGAGACUGGGGUUCUUUCAGAUUGUUAUCUCAUGUUAUGCAGACUAAAUACUAGCUUGGUUUGAACUAGGGGUUCCCAAAUCUGUAAUGUUCACAUCAGCCAGAGCAUAAAUAAUGCCAAUGGCCCUAAAGCAUAAAGUAUUGCACAACACUCUAGUGAAACCUUUCAGCUCCUGAUUGCGUCAGUCAGUCCCCACACAGUAGCUUCUUUGGGAAACAAUCAGUCUAGUUUGUAUGUUACUGAUAAGCCUGUAAUAACCCCAUUAUGUAAAUCACCCAGUCCCAUGACACAGGAGGACUCUAACACCAGUGCUGAUGGGCUGGUAAAUUAUGGCUGUGUCCCGAAUGGCACCCUAUUCCCUACAGAGUGAACCACUUUUGAUCAGAGCCCUAUGGGCCCUGGUUAAAAGGUGUGCUCUAAAGAGAAAAGGGUGCCAUUUGGGACCUGUGAAUGUCCCAUCACAACAGGAGAGGGCGGGUCGGCCAAAGUAAUAAUACUCUCUCAAAGGGUGCCUGUUGUUCUGUAAGGGAAAGUGUACGGCUUGCAGCCACAGCCUCAUAAACCGGCAGGGGCCUGAAUAAGGUUAAAGGAUGAUCACUUAACCAUGUUUAACCAGCAUUGUUUUGUUUCUGCAAAGAUGUCAGAGAUCGUUUUGUUUUCAGGCAGGGGUAGAGGGUGGGGGGGGGUUCAAUUUGAACUAUUUCACUUCUAUGUCUUUUGUUAUGAAAGAAUGACUCUUUAAACGUUAAUACUAAUACUGAUCACUUGUGAAUUUGCCAUUACUUUGCCUUAGAAACCAACCUUUGUGACUUUGCAUAGUUGUCUUAUUUGUGUGUGGUACAGUAGAUGAUAGAUAAUGUAGCAGCAAUAUGAAGUAUUGCAGAUACUAUAUAACCCUUUAAAUUAGUUUAACAUGCCUUACAUUGAUGUAAAAUAUAUUGGUCCAUAAUGAUGUCUCUACUGGGCUGAAGGAGAAGAAGUUAAGAUCACAAUCACAUCUAUCCAAUGUACAGAUGUAGUAUUGUAAUUUCAUCACCCUGAUGUUGCAGAAUAUUUGCUGCACAGCAAACUUGUAGUGUAUUUGAGGUUUAAAAAGGGUUCUAAAGUUUGUAAUUUCCACUUUUAAAUGUCAGACUUGAUUUGGCUUAACUAAAAAUGUAUCAAACCCAAAAUAAACAUUUCCAUUAACUGUAAUCCACACAAUAAUUCACAUUACCUGUUGCUGCAGAAUUAUUUUCCUGCUGUGGAAAACUGUUCAAAUUAAGAUCCUACAUCUGUACCAGCACCAGCGGAAACGUACUAGCCUGAGUGCUAAUCUGUUUGUGCUAUCAUGCCAACUCCUUCACUCAUUGUCGUGGCAAACAAAGAUAAAAUCUGUCUUGACAAGGACAUCAAUGGAGUAGGCAAGAGCACAAACAGAUCUUGUACCAGGCUAGAAAUUUAAAAGGUUUUCUGAUUGUAUUUUAUUGCCAGUGCUUUUAAAGUGUUUGACUGUAAUAACUUUUUAUUGAUAGAUGUACGACUUCUAUUCUGACAGGGAUUCUGUGAUCCAUCGUGAAAUUUGUGACGACUGUUAUUAUGAUCUCUUCUUGAGUUUGAACAUUCCAUAUUUACAAUAAAUGCUUAUUUUCAGCUCUCAGAA